GCGCUCGAGCGGGGCGGGCGGCGGGCGGGGCCGGAGCGGUAUAAAUAGCUCGCGAGGCGGGGGCUUGGAGCCAGAUCCGAUCGCGGCGCUGUGCGGCCGGGCCGGGCUCCUCUUGCUGCUGCUGCAGAGACGGACAGAGGCGGCUGCGAGGAUAUCUGCUACUAACCAUGUCGACAGAGCUCCAGGAUGCUCACCUCGCAGAGGUGAAACCUCUGGUAGAGAAAGAUGAGGGAAUCACUCGCCUUCUUCAAGAUUUUGAUGUUCAGGAGCAAGAUGUUGAGACUCUGCAUGGCUCUGUCCAUGUUACUAUGUAUGGGACUCCCAAAGGAAACAGGCCUGUCAUCCUAACGUACCAUGAUAUUGGAUUGAAUCACAAAACUUGCUUCAACCCCCUCUUCAACUUUGAAGAUAUGCAGGAAAUAACACAACACUUUGCAGUCUGUCAUGUGGAUGCACCAGGGCAACAAGAUGGAGCAGCAUCUUUCCCAGCUGGAUACAUGUAUCCCUCCAUGGAUCAGCUGGCAGAAAUGCUCCCUGGGAUCCUAAAACAGUUUGGGCUGAAAAGUGUUAUUGGAAUGGGAACUGGAGCUGGUGCCUACAUCUUAACUAGGUUUGCUCUGAACAAUCCAGAAAUGGUGGAAGGACUAGUUCUCAUCAAUGUAAACCCUUGUGCUGAAGGAUGGAUGGACUGGGCAGCAACUAAGAUUUCAGGAUGGGCUCAUGCCCUUCCAGAUAUGGUCAUUUCACAUCUUUUUGGGAAGGAAGAGAUUCAUAACAGCCAUGAUCUGAUCCAUACUUAUCGCCAACAUAUUGUCCAUGAUAUGAAUCAAACCAAUCUUCAUCUCUUUGUCAACUCAUACAACAGUCGAAGAGAUCUUGAGAUUGAGCGUCCUAUUCCUGGAACAAAUGUUGUUACUCUACAAUGCCCUUCACUGUUGGUGGUUGGUGACAGUUCUCCUGCUGUUGAUGCUGUGGUAGAGUGCAACUCUAAGCUGGACCCAACAAAGACCACACUCUUAAAGAUGGCAGACUGUGGUGGUCUCCCUCAAGUUUCCCAGCCUGCAAAGCUUGCAGAAGCUUUCAAAUAUUUUGUUCAGGGAAUGGGAUACAUGCCGUCAGCUAGUAUGACCAGGCUUAUGAGGUCCCGUACAGCAUCUGGUUCCAGCAUCACAUCUUUGGAGGGACAGAGGAGCAGAUCCCACACUGGGGAAGGAACAAGAAGCAGGUCCCAUACCAGUGAGGGUGACAGGAGCAGAUCCCAUACUGGUGAUGGGUCCAGAAACCGCACUCACCCAGACGCACGCAUUGAGCUCACUCCUAACUCUGCAAGCAAUACUGAACAACCUAGCCCCAAAUCCAUGGAAGUUUCCUGUUAAAUGCCUUUUAAAAAAAAAAAAAAAAAAAACAACCAAAAACCUGGAUGCAGUUUGAAACUGUAAAUUUUAAUAACUGCCCACUGUGUAUCGCAACACAUAGUUGGUAUUAAUAUCAAGCUUUCCUGUAAGAUGAACUCUGUUCACCAAAGUUUGAAAGGGACCAAAGAAAGCAAACAUCUCAAUUGCUCUAUUUUUAUUACUUAACACAGAUGGUUGCUGCUAUUGUGCCCUCCUCCAACUGAUGCCAAAAUUUAAGGGCUGCGUGCCAAAAGUUAUGGCUGUGAAAAUUUCAAAAUCAAACCAGACUUGCCUAACAUCCUGUUCAAACAAAGUUUUGAAACUGAUAUGCCCACUUCUUAUCUUUGUUUUUUCUUUGGCUAAAUAAAGUGACCCAGUUUGUGGCAUGUUUAAAAAAAAAAAAACAC